CGAAAAGCGCGCGAAAACAGUUGGAAAAAAUUCUUCUCUGUCCCUUUCUUCCUUAGUUUCAUUUUUAUUUAUAUCGCAAAAUUCGUUUUUGUUCUUUCCUUUUCUAGUUUCUCUAUAUUCUAUAUACAAUAAUGCGAUUUUGAGAAUUGCUUCCUCUUUUUCUGAUUUUCGAUAGGGAAAGAGGUAUUAAUUAGAUCAGAAUUGAGAUGGAUGGGAAGAAUUGGAAGGCUCAGUCCCGGGCUCAGGCUCGGGCUCAGGCCCGGGCUCGGGCUCGGGCUCGAGGUGGUGGUGAAGGUACCGCCCUAUCAGCAGCUCCUGCCGGCGGAUUGAGAGCAUCUGUAGAUCCUACAGCUCAGACGAGAUAUGCAAAUGGAGCUGAUUGGCAGGAGGAGGUUUACCAAAAGAUCAAGUCUAUGAAGGAGAUGUAUUUACCAAAACUCAAUGAUCUAUACCAUAAAGUUGCUUCUGAAGUGCAGCAGUGUCCCCAACAUGAGAAAAUUGAAAAGUUCAAGGUGUUCAAGUUAAAGCUGGAAUACUUUGUGCUAUUAUUGCAGCUUAACAAGCACGAUAUCCAACUUUAUGACAAGGAGAAACUGCUUUCAGUUGAGAAGCACAUAAAUUUCUUUCUUAAAUCCAAUAAUCCGCCCCAGCCUGAUUCGUCUCUGCUGCAAGGGCAACUUCCUCAGCCUCCUGUAUAUACAAGUCAGACACCUAUGAUGGGUUCUGGUUGGCAAGAUAUUGCUUCUCAUUUUUAUAGGUUGGAUGAUAGUUCCUAUGGAUUGGGUUCGAAACAGAAUAGUUUCGGUAUUGCUACUUCUGGUUUUGAUAGGUUGGGUUCUAGUUCUGGUGCUAACCUUGUUGAGGAACGGUUAGGAAUGGUUGAGGAACGACUAGAGAAAAUUGAGGCUCAUUCAAAAAAGGCGGAGGCGCUGUUGACUGAUAUUAACAAAAAAAUGAAUUAUCCAGUGAAAAUACGGUAUGUUAAAGUUUCCAGGGACAUUAGAUGUCCAGCUAAGUACAUGAACUGUCAUUUCCGACCAAAGAGGAAAAAUAGAUCAGGCAGUCGUGCAAGCAUCGACGAUUGAGAAAAGGUGCAGUAGAAGAAGUUUCUCCGGUUGGUUCGCAUGAUGAUUGUGUCGAAGAUGACCAAAAGAAGUUAGAUGAAGAGCAAAAAGAUUGAUAAUAUCUUAUGGUUUUUUACUUUCAAGACUCUUAUGAUAGUUAUGGCUAACACAAUUUGUAAUAUAAUCUAAUCUAUUAGGUCACCAAUGAUCUCUCAUGUUUUAUAUAAAUGAUAUCUUUUCCUUUGUUAUA